AUAGGCAGCCGAUGGAGCCACCGAUGGAGCCGUCCGGAGGGGAGCAAGUGCCCGGAGCCGUCAGGCUCCUGGACCUGCCUUGGGAAGACGUGCUGCUCCCACACGUCCUGAGCCGGGUGCCGCUACGCCAGCUGCUCCGGUUGCAGCGCGUCAGCCGGGCCUUCCGGGCGCUAGUGCAGCUGCACCUGGCGGGGCUGCGCCGCUUCGACGCCGCUCAGGUGAGAGCCGGAGGCCAAAACCCCGCCCCGUCUGGGUACCGCCCCCGCCCCCGCCCCGCCUCCAGCCCAGCCCCCCAGCCUGUCUGUCUACCCUUGCGGACCCUCCGGGUCCUCCAAGAGUGCAGGGGAAGCGAUCCACGCCGCGGGAAGUACUCUCAAAGGGCGAGGGCCGGGUGUCAACUCAGAAGGCGCUUGGGGUCUCUCCUGGGAGGGCAGGUGGCAAACCCCGAGGGCGGGUUGCUGACGGGAAAGAACUCUUCAGGGGCGGAGAAGCAGCGUCCGUCCCGCCCCCGGGACCCGCUGAGAGUCGAGGUGCCUCCCUGCCCGCAGGUGGGUCCGCAGAUUCCGCGGGCCGCCUUGGCCUGGCUGCUGCGGGACGCUGAGGGGCUGCAGGAGCUGGCGCUGGCGCCGUGUCACGAAUGGCUGUCGGACGAGGAUCUGGUGCCUGUGCUGACGCGGAAUCCGCAGCUGCGGAGCGUGGCGCUGGCCGGCUGCGGGCAACUGAGCCGCCGCGCGCUGGGGGCGCUGGCGGAGGGCUGCCCCCGCCUGCAGCGCCUUUCGCUCGCGCACUGUGACUGGGUAGAUGGCCUGGCGCUGCGCGGCCUCGCCGACCGCUGUCCGGCCCUUGAGGAGCUGGAUCUCACCGCCUGCCGUCAGCUCAAGGAUGAGGCCAUUGUAUACCUGGCGCAGAGGCGCGGCGCGGGCCUCCGCAGCCUCUCGCUGGCAGUCAACGCCAAUGUGGGGGACGCCGCGGUCCAGGAGUUGGCCCGGAACUGCCCGGAACUCAAGCACCUCGACCUAACCGGCUGCCUCCGCGUCGGAAGCGACGGCGUCAGGACGCUGGCCGAGUACUGCCCCGCGCUGCGCUCGCUGCGGGUGCGGCACUGCCACCAUGUGGCCGAGCCCAGCCUGAGCCGCUUGCGGAAGCGCGGCGUGGACAUCGACGUGGAGCCGCCGCUGCAUCAGGCGCUGGUGCUGCUGCAGGACAUGGCAGGCUUUGCACCCUUUGUCAACCUGCAGGUCUGACCUGUCUGCCGACGGGGCACAGCUGGACUGUGUGGCGGGGCCUGACUAUGAACUGUAGGGAAACUGGACUGUGGGGGCCUCUGGUUAGAGGCAGAUGCCCUGCCCCACUCUGGAGCUUCAAAUAAAGAGAUUUUUACCCCCA